AAACACAAAGAUGAAAACUACUUGUACAAUAUCCGACAAAGUACUUUAAAAAAUCAUUUUUAUUUAAAUACAAUCAGUGAAUCACGUGUAAUCAAACAGUUCAUGUCAUCAAAUAAUGAACUUUGUGCUCAUACCACUUGUAAACAUAUUUGGAAAAAAUUGUCGUGUCAAACAAAACCGUUAAAAUAACACACAUACACCCAGAAUUGACUUGGUCUUCCCACCAUGUAUGUUCUGCUCUGUCUCCUGUUGGUCAACCUGCUCCAUGCGUCUCAAGGUGAGCUGCUGUUGAGGGAUACGUUGGUCAACAACUCUGUCAUAUGGUCAUCAAUCAACAGUCGUGUCAACCUGACCUUUCAUGUUCUGUCAUGUCAACCAAUCAACGUGACAGUUGAUGACGUCAACAUGACCCAGAUAUUCAUCAGCAAUUCAUCUGGACCCGAGUAUAGGAUAGACGCCAUGAUAACCACGGUAACAGAGAAACAUUUUAAAAGAUAUAAACUGUUAGUGUCUAACAAGAUGGAAACAGAAGGCAGUCUUCAAAUCGUAUUGACGUUAAAAUCAAAAGACAUAAGCCCACGUAUGAUAAGGGGCCUCAUGUUUGCCCUGUUUGGGUCUCUGGUCCUGGUCCUCACCCUUGUCUCAGCCCUCGUCUACAACCUCGUCAUGCGCAAAGUGAAAGGUGGGAACUUGACGCUAGAGACAACUACAAGCCGGAGGUCUGAGAGCUGUCGUUUAUGACAUGUGGAUUCUACGUGUUAUUUGCAGAUGUUUAGAGAGUAUCUGCAGAUGUUUAUAUAGUAUCUGUCAUUUAUUAUAUAUAACAUCUUAUUUGUAAAUUCUACACGAAAUCUGGCCCUUAUAACAUGUAGAUGUAAUUUGUACAUGUUACAUGUACAUGUACAUGUAAUUCGUUUGAUUUAUAUGUCAUGUUACUUUUACGUUAUCAAUUAUAGUUGUUUUAUUUAAGUAUAGAUUAUACACUUUCCAUUUAUAGUACUUAUACAAUAUUUAUACUUUAUAUAUUGUAAUACUAACUAAAUAAGACAUCUAUAAAACCUAAUUUAAAACCACAACAAUAACAAAUUAGCAAAGUUGAAUUUAUCACUUAAGGGGCCACUCCACUGUAAAAACCAAACUAGCCCACAGCAGAGAUAAGCAAGUAACAAUAUACUAUUAUUAAUAGUUAGCAACUGUAAAUAAAAAUUCCACAUUCUGAGGACCUAAUUAUUCAUGGUUGCCAUGGUAACGGCGGCCAUCUUGAAAAAACACCUUUUUUACAAAUCUAAUGUUUCAAUAAUGUGAACAAAUAAUGAUGGUUUUAUUUCUGUUUAAUUAACUAUAACCAUUCUAUGUAUCGUACAAGUGUACUUGAAACUGUUUUCGAUUCUAGGAAUAUGAAAUUUAUUAAAACAUCAAUUUCCUAAAAAUAUUUUUUUCCAAGCUUACUUAGCAUUUUUUACAUGUAGAGGCCCCUCAAGGGGGAAGUAUCACCUUGACAAAGGAAAGUACAAAAAAAUUCGCCAAAAAAAACUAUUAUACAUCCACCAUACAUUUUUUUUACCAUAGUGAUUAUGGCGAAUCAGCUAUAAAGCAGCAUAUAAAUGAGGGCCUAUGAUGCAAAAAGAAAAUAAAAAAAAUAAUUUGAUCCAAAAAUGAUAAGUAUUUAGUUUUUAAAUUUACAGUUUGCCUAUAAUACAA